AUGGCGCUUGAACAGGAUACCCUCGUGGUCGGUCGCGAUGACCUGAUCGCUGACGGAGAGGGUGAUCGCAGCUCGAUUGAGGCUAAGGAUGAUGCUGCUCUGUUGCGGACGAUGGGAUAUCAGCCGGUGCUGCACCGGACGUACACGUUCUUUGAGAACUUUGCUACUACUUUCGCUGCGCUUUACUUUGUCGGUGGAGUGCGCGUUACGUUUAGCACUGGUAUUGCUGCUGGUGGAAACUUGGCUUACUGGACUAGCUACUUGGUUACUAUGGUCUUCACUUUCAUCACUGCGGCCGUCAUUGCGGAAGUGUGCUCGGCGUCGCCGUCUGCUGGUUCGAUCUACAUCUGGGCUGCCGAGGCCGGUGGUCCCCGUUUUGGACGGCUUCUUGGUUUCGUGGUGGCUUGGUGGAGUACUACAGCCUGGACGACUUUCUGCGCAAGCAACACCCAAGCGGCUGUCAACUACAUGCUCGCUGAACUCACGGUGUUCAAUGUCGACUUUCCACAGGACACUGACAGUGUCAAAUUCCGUGCCGUGCAGUGGAUCUGCACAGAGGUCCUCCUCGCCCUGGCGGCUCUUUUGAACUUCCUUCCUCCUCGAUACUUCAAGUAUGUCUUCUGGGUCUCUGCCGGAUUCGUCAUGCUCGAUUUCUUCUUGAACCUCAUCUGGCUUCCUAUCGGCACUGCCCAGACCUGGGGAUUCCGCUCGACUCAUGAAGCCUUCAUGACCACUUACAACGGCACCGGUGCCCCCGCGGGCUGGAACUGGUGCUUGUCUUACCUCGCUACUGCCGGUAUCCUGAUUGGAUUCGAUGCUUCGGGCCACGUCGCCGAGGAGACCAAGAACGCGUCUAUCACUGCUGCGCGCGGUAUCUUUUGGAGUACGGUUGUCAGUGGUUUUGGUGGCUUGGCUACCAUCAUCUUGUUCUUGUUCUGCGCUCCCACGGCGGAUCAAUUGAUGGAGUUUGGCUCCCCUCAGCCGUUCGUUCCUCUCUACGCUGUUGUUCUCGGCCAGGGUGGUCACAUCUUUAUGAACAUCAUCUGCAUUGUCGCUCUAUGGCUAAACACCGCCAUCGCCAUCAUCGCCGCCUCCCGCCUCGUCUUUGCCGUCGCCCGUGACGGUGUCCUCCCCUUCUCAAGCUGGGUUUCCAAGGUCGACGGCGGCCAACCACGCAACGCCGUCAUCGUCGUUUGGGGCGUCGCCGCUCUGGUGACCUGCACCAUCCUUCCCUCCAACGUGGCCUUUACCUCCCUCGUCUCCGCAGCCGGUGUGCCCAGCGCCGCCGCCUAUGGCCUGAUCUGUCUGGGCCGUCUCUUCUGCACACCAAACCGGUUCCCCAAGCCACAGUGGAGUCUGGGACGGUGGAGCAAGCCGUUCCAGUUCAUUGGCGUGUUCUGGAAUGGAUGGGUUGUUGCUAUCCUGUUCUCCCCGUAUGAGUGGCCAGUUACUGGGCAGACUUUGAACUACGCCCCUAUUAUCAUGGGUGGUGUUACCAUCCUGGCGCUGGUUUCGUACUUUGUCAUGCCGGAGAGCGCGUGGCUUCCUCGGAACCGGAUCACUCAUUUCAUUGAUAGCAAGGGUGCUGGCACUGUCACUGAAACGGUGGAGGAAGUUAGUCCUUCGGCUCAGAAUGAUAUGGCUCAGAGAUCAUGA